GGAAACUAGCGACGAGGGGUGGAACCGUGACCUCGAAACGAGCAGGAACACAUAAUAGAACCGACGCAGUUCCACGGCGUUAGCUUUAACCUGCUUUUAUCUGUAAGGCAGCUGAAACAACCUCACGUCAGUGCUGCUCUGCAUGGUCAAGGAUUUCACAUUAGAAGAGGAAAUGCAGUGCACUCCUGAGUCAAAUGUCUACUUUAAAAGCUGCAAAGGUGGACCCUGUUACGAUGAUGGUGUUGACAGUGGUUACUCGGGUUUAUUCCACAGUCCACAGAGCACCAGUGGAGAUGGCUGUCUAUCUGUAGUAGAGCAAAAUGAAACUCCAAAAGAGAACCUGAGGCUUUCUCCCACACAGAGGGAAAUGACCAGAGACACAACGCGGUGGCCUUCAACAGUUAGUUGGUGCGAAACGCCUAAAGUUUCCAAGCGAGAUGCAUUUUUACGACACAGACUUGCUGUUUGUAAAUCCAUCAUUAAUCCAAACACUCACAGCACAACAUCACCAAACACCAAACGGCCUGAUUCCUCCCACAGUUUGAUAUCAGGACAGUCUCUCAGUUCUUCACUGGACUCUCUAGACACUGUGAAGGGGACGUUGGCAUCAAGCACUUUAACACUAGACCUGGACUUGCCACUAUCUGGGAGGAAACGUCGUUUACUUUUUUCGCAAGUUAGGACCUCCACUCAUGUAGAUGACAAUAUCAACUCUGCACAUUUUUCCAUUUUUGAGGGAGGAGUUUCAGUAUCGGAUACAGAUUUUAAGGACAACAGUUCUGUGUGUGAGCAGACCUCUAAUGAAACACCACAUCUGAACAAAUUCUCACCAGCAUCAUUGAAGGAUAACUCACAGUCGCCAGUCAGUGAAGUGACUAAUAACGUGUGUGAUGGCUCUAAUGUUUUCUGCACCCCGUCAUCCACACAUACACCCAAAUACAUCAGGUCUGCAUGUGAAGACAGUGGUUUCAGUUCCCUGACUCUUGACAAGUCCCAAGACUCCUCAGUGGACCAUGAUGGCUCAUUCCAGGAACUGCUGCUCGCUGCCUCGCGAGGAAACAGUGAAACCCCAAAUGUGGGAGAGUCCAGACGUCGCUCUCGUUUGCAAAGGCAGCAUAGGCUUUCUACACUUAAAGAAGGGGGAUCUCAGUCUGACGAUGAUCCAGUAGACAGAAAGAACAACUGCCUUCAUCAGAGCCAAAACCGCUGUAAAGAUGAUGUUUUUACUGUCAGUGCCUCCCCACGCAGAGUCCUUUCUCUCAAAAUGGGGAGUAACAUGAGCUCUGAUGGUUUGAUUUCUGCAAAACAAGAUGUUACGACCCCUCUUGGAGUGGCCACAGUCAAGUCAGAAAGUGGGACACCUUUCAACAGUGCGUCUGCCAAUCCAGGUGUAACUCCUCUGAAGCAAACCCCCGUGAAUCUGUCUCUAACACCAGCUCUGCAGCUGGUUCAUGCUAUGUGCCAGCAGAAAACCCAGAUGUUUAUUGGACACAGCCCAAGCUUGAAGGAGCAGCUGAAGUCCACAGCAGCUCUGGCUGAGACCCCAGUGAUGUUUAGGACCACCAUGCCCUUGGCAGGUCUGAUUGGCAGGAAGAUGGGUUUGGGUCAGGUGGACAUACUGACAGAGCUGAAGAAGAGGAACCUCAGACACAUCCUGUGUGUCAUACUGAGCCACCUGACACCUGAGUGUAUCUGCAGGUGUGGUCUAGUAUGUAGAAGCUGGAAUGAAGUCAUCCUUCAGGACAAGCGAGCCAGCUUUAGGAGAAAUCAUCAUCUGAGUGAAGUCGAGGCUGCUCUUCAGCUCGGUAACGUCAUCUAUGUCCCUGAAGCUGACACCAGACUGACUCUGCUCAAGAGGUCGGCUCUAAAAACGGUUCAGACCCAGUCCAGGAGCUCCAGCUCCUGCACCCCACAGUCAGGAGGUAGUACUUUAACCCCUUUACAGCGCAGCGCCUCACAUUCAGGCAGCAAACGGGACAAGUUUCUCGAAGUUGCUAAAACUCUCUUCAGUGAUGAAUGCCUGAAGCCGUGCCCUCGAUGCCAGCAUCCUGCGAGGUGUCAUUCAGUGAAAGGGGAGGGCGUGUGCAGCAGAGCUGACUGUGGUUUCCAGUUUUGUAUGGCCUGUUUAUGUGCCUUUCAUGGAUCUAGAGAAUGUGGCAGUCGGUCUGUUGGCCGCUGCAAGAAGGACAUCCUCAUACCAGGAAGCGCUCAAAGCAAACGAAAUGUUCGAAGACUAUGAGAAGGAUGUGGACUGUGCUGUUUUUUUGUUUUUGCAUUUUGCUGCUAAAUUGUGAAGGAGAAGCUUUGCAACAUGUAAACUCUUUUUAGUCUGUACAUGGGAACAAUUCUGUACUCUCAUUAAUGUGUCUUUACUCUGUGUAUUGUAUUUCCUACAUCGUUUUUUCAACACAGUUCUUACUUGUGUGUUUUUAAUUAUGAAUGUAACUUUUUGAACUUUGUUGUUGAUGUAUUUUUCCUACACAAUU